AUGACGCCGACUGCGGAUGCGUCGAUGCCUACUCUACUGGCUCGCUCAGGUGCUCCUGAACCAAUGGCCUCCACCGAUGCGACUGCCGCCGAGACGUCCUCCGCCCCUACGACCGAAGCGGAACGUACGACCAUCACAACGACAGCGCCUUCAAUGGUGUGGAGUGAGGACGUCGAUGAGGACCCGGACCACACGCUGGAGAUAGACUUGAGAGAUAGCGGAGGGACUGCUUGGGCUCAGUCGACGUUCUACGGCGGCAGCCUGCAGGGCGGCGCGAUGCUGGCGCCUCUAGUGGCGGUGCUGGCGCUCGUCAGCGCGGCGUCGACAUCGGCUCAGGUCCCGCACAUCGUCGGCGGCUCCAACGUGUCGAUCGAACUCGUGCCGUGGCAGGUGUCCGUGCAGAUAGGAGGCGGUCACUUCUGUGGUGGUUCCAUCAUCAGCAAGUCCUGGGUGCUCACCGCGGCCCACUGCCUAGAGAGUAUGUGGUUUUUUGAAGAAGAUUAUUUUUGUGAGGAAGGAAAUAUUUUUGAAGAUGCAAGUAGUGAAGAAUCAGCCAAUGAACCUGCAGAUGUGAAUAUUGAGGCAUAUGACAGUCCUUCCGAUAAUAUUACUCCAUCACAGUCUGAAAAUAAAGAACCACCACAAAAAGCGCCAGGUGGAAAUGGCAUGGCAAGCCUGCCUCUGGCGACCUCCCGUCCGCAGGCGGGUGAAUCAGUGCUCGUGUCUGGGUGGGGGGCGAUGGUGGAGGGGGGCAGCGCGACCGACUUCCUGCGCGCCGCCACUGUGCAGGUGGUCUCCCUGAGCAAAUGCCGGAGCUGCUACUUCAGCGAGGGGCUGACGAGCAACAUGAUAUGCGCCGCGGUGCCCUCUGGCGGCAAGGACGCGUGCCAGGGCGACAGCGGCGGCCCCCUCGUCCACGGCGAGAACCUCGUCGGAGUCGUCUCCUUCGGCAAGGGCUGCGCGAGACCCAACUAUCCGGGCGUCUAUGCGGACGUGGUUUCGCUACGCAGCUGGAUCACCGAAAACACCGGCAUCAAAUAA